AUGGUACUACAAUGUGAAUUUGUCAACAAAAUUUCACAGGGAAUUCCUCAGACUUUUCUAAGAGAAUAUGGAAACAGUCUCUCAAAUUUUGUGUUCCUCCACCUUCCCACUGGCGCUGAAUGGCCGGUAGAAUUGUUGAAACUCCAUGGUGAGGUUUUGUUCAGCAGUGGAUGGCAGCGAUUUGCUGACUUUUAUUCUAUAGGAUAUGGGCAUUUCUUACUAUUCAGAUACGAAGGUAGUUCCCAUUUCCAUGUGCUUAUAUUUGAUAUGACCGCUUCUGAGAUUGAAUAUCCAUACGCUACUGCUCCCAAUCACUACCACAACCAUCAUAAAGUUUCUGUUGAGAGUUUGGAUGAUUUUCCAUCCUCCAAAACAGCAAACUAUAUGGACAUGAUCGAUAUUACCUCUAGUGAAGCAGUGUUCUACCCUAAUGGAGCAAGCAGCUUGCCAAAAGUUGAGGACAUUCAGGGUGGAGCUCUUGAAAGAGCUAAAUCUUUCAAAUUCGAAAAGCCUUUCUUCAUUAUCACCAUGCGACCAUCUUAUGUUGGUAGUAAGAAAAGUUUGACCGUACCAUUGAGUUUUGUCAAGAGGCACUUCAAAAGGGAUAACAACAAUACAAUCCUUUCGGUUUCAGAUGGAAGAACUUGGUCUGUCAAGUACAUUAAGCGAAAAAACAAUGUACAGUUCUCCUCAGGUUGGGCAAAGUUUGUGCGAGAUAACUCUUUGGAAGUAGGUGAUGUCUGUGCCUUCGAGCUGGUCAAAUGCACUGGAACUUCACUCAAGGUUGAGAUUUUUCGGAACAAUGAAGAUGCAAGUCAUCACCUGCAGCAGUGA